ACUAGACUGGUAAUAACUUGUACUUUGACCUUGAUAUGAGGCAUCUGUUGCGACUAUACUCAUUUCACUUACCUUUGAAACGGCAACUAAGAAGUUUAUCAUACAUGGCUAAUAGAAAUGACACUACAUUGUUUGGGGUUCCCAAUAAGGGUCCAAUUAAGCUAACAACCGGUGCUCCUGGAAUAGAUUUUCUACACGAUGUCAGUAGAAUAAUUUCAGAAGCAACACAAACUCUUUUGACAGGUGAAUAUGGUCUUGGAGGAGAUAGCAGCGCUUUACAGUAUGGUCCUAGGCUGGGAGCACCUUUAUUUCAUGAAACUUUGGCUAAAUUUUUGACAGAGUAUUAUGGAGACGAAGUAGACAAUAAAUGUAUUGUUCCAACAGCUGGUGCAACUCAUGGUCUACAUUUGGUUGCUUCGUUAUUCUUUAGGCAAAAUGACGUAAUAUUCGUAGAGGAUCCAACAUACUUCAUUGCUCUCAAUAUAUUAAGAGAUGACUUUGGAAUGAAAAUUGUUCCAGUAGCUUGCGAUGAAGGUGGUAUGAUUAUUAGCGACUUGAAACAGAAAAUAAAAGAACACGUAAAGAAAACCACGGUAACUGACACAAAGCCCUUCAGAGCAAUGGCUUAUGUGAUUCCCACUUUCCAUAAUCCUACUAGCAGAAUCAUGCCGAAAGAAAGAUGUGAAGCUAUGGUUGAAUUAGCUAGACAGGAAAAGCUGCUGUUAUUCGCAGAUGAUGUCUAUAAUUUGCUUCAUUAUGAUCCAGCAAUAAUAAAACCCCCUUCUCGAUUAUAUAUCUAUGAUAAUCAACAAGGGAAUGUAAUUUCUAAUGGAACAUUCAGUAAGCUUCUUUCACCAGGUAUUAGAACUGGCUGGAUUGAAGCAGCGCCUAAGCUUGUUCAGUUAUUCCACGAUAGUGGAGUUAUUUGGUCAGCUGGAGCUUCCAAUCAUUAUUCGUCAUGUUUAGUGGCUACUGCGAUUAAUAUGGGACUUGUGCAGAAGCACAUCGCAAACUUGAAAACUCAAUAUACUGAAAGUCUGAACAAAAUGUGCGAUAUAAUCAAUAAAGAAGCACCUUUUGCUCAAGUGGAAAGACCUCGAGGAGGCUAUUUCCUUUGGGUAAAAUUACCAAAGGAAAUGGACGGAAAAGAAGUUGCCAAGGAGUGCAUGGAAAAACAUAACAUUGUUGUGUUACCUGGAGGCAUGUGCUCCCCGAUUGGUGAUUGUAAGAAUUACAUCAGAAUUUCGUUCAGCCACUAUAAACCAGAUGUAUUGUCUGAAGCGACAAAAAUCGUUUGUGUUGCGCUGAAUGAAGUUGCGAAACGAUGCAAAGCAUCUUACUAG